GUAUAAAUAAUUCCUUGCAUUGCAAAUUUAAUUGCCAGAUACCUUUUUUGUUUGUUUAUUUAGCACCAUAUGUUAAAGUCAAAUUCGUGGAUGAUGGUCAGGUGGAAGUCUAUGAUUCUGCCUUACUGUAUGGUGAAAUUAUACAUCCAGAGACAGAUGAUUCAAUUAAAUUUAAAGACUUGUAUAUGGGUCAGGAAGUUGCUGCACGGUGGCGAAACACAAAUCACUAUUUAGCUACAGUUAUAGAGCUAUUUACAGGAGAGACAACAAGCUUAAGCAAAGCAGAUAAAGACGUGAAACAAAAUGAAAGAGAUUCAGAGCCGACAAACAUAAAGUCCGUGCCUGCAGAUGUAGAGGAAACAAUAAAUGGUGAAAAGUCAAAAGGAAAGGCCGGUCCAUUAAAAAAGGCACAGAAACCUGCAAAAGUGAUAGAGAAGAAGAAAAAUAAGAAGACAAAAAAUAAGAAGCCAGUGACAAAUGAAGAUGGAGGAAGUGACGACAGUUCUGAAGAAAUCAAUGUAAUAGAGGUGGAUGUGAAAAAAAAGAAAAAAGAAAUUGAAGCAGAAAAGAAAAAGAACAAGGAAGCAGUAAUGGCAGCCAGUCAACAAGUUGCAGCUUCAUUAUUUUCCAAGAAAACGAUUGAAAUUGGACCAAGCGAUGUCAUUCCAGACAACUUCCAUCUGCUGGCCCCAGGUGCUUCCAUAGCGGUCAAUACCCUAUGGCUGCACGACAUUCUGUCGUCUUUGACAAAGCAAAGACAGAAAAGGGAGAAAAAAGCCGACAAAAAAGGAUUGACAAUAAGGGAAGACAGGAAUGUAGAAAUCCUAAAGCGGCUGAUGGAUGGCUUCUUUGAUCCCUGGGACCUUGCUGUGGAGGGAGGCACAGCAAGUUUUAAGGACAAUGCUGUAUUUAAUGCUUUACAGUUGUAUGCAACACACCAUCUUAAGAUGUCCAUUCCUGUCUUCAAAAAAGCUGGAACUCAAAAAUGGUUUCAGCCAGACAGACUGUUAAAAGAUGCAGGCAGCAAAGAACAUCAAGUAUAGAUGAUCAAAUGGAAGAUUAAAGUUCGUGAAUUAUGUUGUCCAUGCUCUUAAGUCGAACAUUUCUGAUCCGAUCUUCACCAAACUUAAACAAAACGUGUUUGACCAUAGGUCCGCAAUCAACUUCGCUUAAUAGCCAAAUCAGCCUAGGCACUUCAGAAUUAUAGCCCUUGAAUUAUCGAAAAUCGGCCUGUUUACUCUUGUCUGUGGUCUAAGUCUAUUUUUCAUCGGAUCGUCACUAAACUUGAAUAACUUGUGCUGACCAUUAGUCCUCAGCCGAGUUCAAUAACUAUCCAAGUCGGCCGCGGCACUUAGGAAUUGGGUCACUGGCCAAGUCCCGCAAGUCCCAUAAAGCUGACGUGCAUUUUUGCUGAAUUAUGCCCGUUUUACUGACAAAAUAUUUUGUUUAUUGACGAGCACUUUGAGUAGUCGAGUAUGCUGUAUUACUGACAGCUCUUGUUAUACAUGCACCUCUAGUCCUAGUGAAACAUUAAUGUGAUUUAUCAAAUGUGCCACUUUUCCUAGUCAAAAAAAACAUUACUGUGAUUUUUAUAUAUCUAUUCAAACAACUUUAUUGAGAUUUUUAUAUAUGUGAUUUAUAUGCAUGCAUCUAUAGUCUUAGUCAUACAGACCUAUAUUAAACCAAGGUGAUUUUACUUGAACCUAUAGUUAUAGUCAGACAUCCAUCAGUUGAUUUUUAUACAUGUACAUUGAAUCAGAGUUAAGCUUAUAUGAUUCUUUAUGUGAUAUUUUUACAUUUGAUUGUUAUGCAGUAUUCAGUAGAUUUUUUAUGCAUGUACCUCGAUGUUCCAGAAGUGCAUUAUUCAACUGAAAUUUACAUUAUCUCAGAUUUAAGCCACACAUUUGUUUGAUUUUUAAACAUGUAUCUAAAGUUUAAGCCAUCAUUAUUCAGGUGAUCACAUGUUCAAAUCAGCAUUCCUCAGGUUUUCCCUCUUAAUAUCUGUUAAACAUUAGUAUUAAGUUAAAAUCUGAUUAUGCUGUUCAGCUCCUGUCUUUCUGUGGUCUGUUCACCUUUCUUAACAAAUUAUGAAAAUGGCCAGCUAAUCUUGAUGCUUUUACUCGCAGUAGAAUUACAUUGAAUUAUGUCUUUUGAUAUCAAAUAUAGUUCAGAAUGAUUGUUUGAAGCUGUUUAAUUAAUAAUCCAUUGUUUCUACAGAAUCCUUGUUAAUGUAUAUAAUUAUACAUAUCAAUAAUUGUUCCCUUACUUGUGAGAAUCGUAUACAUUUGUCACAUGUAUGUAAAUAAUGUAUUGCUCAUGUUUUCUUCAUGUAUUUUUUUUAAUUACUUCCCUUUUACGUUACUAUAAAUAGCUUAUUUUUAGUAACUUUUUUAUUAUUGGCGUAGGGAAAACACGAGACCAGUUUUCUGUGGUACAACAUGGAUGGUACCUCCAAUUUUUAGGUGUAUUUUAUCAUAUCUAUACCUUGUAAGAUUUUUUUUUCUUUUUGGUUAAAUUUCUUCCCUUUGUUGUUCCUGUCCUUUGGACUUAGAUAUUUUUUCUCAGGACCUUCUUGUCCUCAAGUGCAAUGAUAACAGGUGAGCGAUAUAGGGCCAUCAUGGCCCUCUUGUUUAACAUAUUCCUUUUAGUCUGUCGACUCACUUUCAAGUGUGAUGAAUGAUUUGCAACAGAAUUUUCGUACAUAUCAACAUUGCUGGAAAAAGUCAUUUUGCACAUGCAGCCCAUGCCUCAAAUGGAU